CGGAUGUACUUAUCGAGCGACCGCCACACUACAAUCUUUGGCCUCCGAUAACAAAAUAGAGUUGUAAAGCAACGCAAUGGCGACAGUAGAAUGGGUUUGCGCGCCACGCUGCUAUCAAGUCAGCAAAAACUAUCUCAAAAGUCAUGUGACGCAUGAACACCCACUUAAGCAGCUGAACGCCAGUGUCAGCGUGGCGGAAAGCAAUCCACUGAGCUUGGCAUUGGCACUAGAGGGUACGGACCCGUUGUCAAAGUUUGCACGUCAAGAUGAGGAGCUGAACGACCCACUAACGCAAAUGGCCAAUCAGUUUACAUACAAAUCCAAACUAAGUGACAAAAGCGAAUUAGAUGACAAUACGCUUAAUUGGAGUACUCGCCGUUUGGGAAUUUUGAAUCGCUUCAACACCAAUGAGAAAUUGUCAUUAUCCACCAGUUUCCUAUGCACCGGUAGUGCAGAAGGCGGUGGCGAAAAUUUUAAAGCACAAACUGUAGUGGCGGACAAGGUGAAGUAUAGACUAGAGCAGUUGGAUCAUUUUGACGAUGGCAGCAUGCGACACAUGAAUCUCACACAACAGGAGUAUAUACUACGUUUCGAUCAGCUUAAGCAAGAGCUUACACAAUCGUGGCAUAACGAUCAACGCGUCAAGGCUUUAAAAAUAGCCAUACAGUGUGCCAAGAUGUUAUCUGAUGCCAGCGUGCUGCAGUUCUACCCAAGUCAAUAUGUGCUUAUUACGGAUAUACUAGAUGUCUUUGGCAAGCUGGUCUAUGAACGUCUGCGUAGUAAGGCAGCAGGUGUGCCUGGAGCUUCGGCCACAGCACUGCAUCGUGAGCGAGAGACUGCUCGUGAUACAUGCCAAAAUUGGUUCUACAAAAUUGCAUCAAUACGUGAACUACUGCCGCGGGUUUAUCUGGAAAUGGCCAUAUUUAAGAGCUACGAGUUCUUGGCAAAUUCACAACAUGAAACUGAGCAAUUGUUGCUGCGCCUAACAAGUCAACUGCGUGGCAUUGCAGAUCCACUGGUGUCUAGCUAUGCUCGUUGCUAUUUGGUGCGCGUGGGGGUUCCAGUUACUCCUACCAAGCAAUAUAUACGUGCUAAUUUUAACGACUUGUUUAUAUUGUAUCCGCAGAUCUUUCGCUUAGUGGCUCGAUUUAAUCUGCAUCCAGAGAUUAUAACCGCGAGUGCCUACUUGCAGCUGUAUGCGCCUGCCCUAGACUAUAUGCUAGAGUGUCUGGUGUAUAAAGGUGAGCAGUACGCACAGGAAAUGCUAUCGGAAUGCAAGCAAUUGAAGAAUAAUGGUGCUGUGCUCUUAUCCAUACUUAACUCAUUCAAGCGCGAGUUUAUCGCUACAAACGCUAUGGAAUUUUUAGAGCUUAUCAACAACUGCGAUACACCGGGCGUUACCAAAACACAGUUACUACGCCCACUUGGCAGUUGCGUCAGCAGCUGUGCACCGCUGCAUGAGCAACGACUGACUUUUCUUCAUGCUGCCUUCAAGACUAUCAACACGUUGACCGAUCCCAACGAAUACAUCAAUUGCGUGGAGACCUGGGCUCCAUUUGUGGCACAAUAUUUUACAAUACACGAAGUAAAUCAACUAUUGGGCGAGUUAAACACUCGUAUGUGCCUGGGCAAGGCUUAUGAGAAGCAUUAUGCUCAAUUGCAAAGCAUUUUAACGCGUGUAAUGCAAAAUUAUCGCAGCAUUGAGCUGCUGCUCAUACAGCCGAAUUUUCUGCCGUAUUUGGAUUUGUUUCACAAAGAAACGGCGCGUGUGGAGAUAUGCAAGAUUAUCUUAAACUACUACAAGCAGAAUAGUGAGGAGCGCACCUAUGAUGCAGUGGUCACCAACGCACUCAUGUUUGUCGGCAAAAUACUCAACGAUUCGGUGAACGCACUUACUGUUGAAGACGAACGUCGUCAGAUAUCAGAGCUCAUCAAUAGCUUUAUACGUAAAGUACACUUUGGAAAGGAUUUGGAGCAGCAAUUAAGCUUCUACGUGGAAGCGCGCGGCACAUUUAGUAAUCUGGAUGCGGUUUACGUGACCCUAGUACAUGCCACCUGCAAGCUGGCCAUGCAGGCAACCAAAUCUAUGGGCUUUGUAAAAGCCUGCAUUGCUUAUUGUUAUAUAACCAUACCCAGCAUUAGCUCUGUGCAGCAACAAAUGGAUUUAUAUUUGCUUUGUGGGCAGUUGGCGUUACGACAUGUUUGUCUGGGGCAGGCUGAUGCUUGCUUUGAAGCUGCACUGCAGAUAGUUGAAGAACUGCCUGUUGCUAUUGUGGAUUUUGAGGGCAAAUCACGCAGCUUGGAACGCUAUUUGGUUACAUACUUUUGCAAUAUGCUGGCUACGCUUAUAAUAGUGCCUGAUAGUCCUGAACAGGGUGUCUUAUACUUUCCUCGCCUGCUACUUGAUGUGGUGGGUAGACGUAGCUUUAAGCCCAACAGCACUGCGCCCACGAUAAUCUAUUUGCAUGCCUUGGAUAUGCUCUAUGUGCAAAGUCUUAAACAGUUUCCCUAUCAUAUAACGGGUGUGGUUUCAAAUGAUGCCUUGUAUGGUCAUGAUCCGAAGUUCCUAGUUGAGGUGAAUAGCUUGUGUGCUCAGGUUGUGGAGGCCAUAUUGGUACAGCUUAAAACUCUUGGAGCUAGUCAGCAAACGCGCGAUCAAGCUCAACUGGCCAUGGAACUGUUUAUGCGCAUAGUACGCUAUGCAGAUCUAGAGAAGGAGCCACUGUGCCAAUUGGCAGUUAAACUAUGGUUGCUGGCUAACAAGGCGCAAGCGCAGUUAGAUAGCGAAACUAUUCCGCAGACACUUUGCAGCGUUGAGCAUUUCUAUCGCCUAGUCAAGGAUAAUUCGCCGGCACGCGCUCAAACCAUUGCCAAACUCUUAUUGCGCCUACGCGACAGUUGAAGCUGUUUGCCCACUGAAAUUAUUUAUAUUUGUUGUGCAAUUUUUAAACUCAAUUAAGACUUUUGAUAUUUAUAGUAAUGCUAAGUUUUGACUGAGUCAUGGCCUUAAGUAAAAGAGCGUAUUUGUUUAGUGUAAAAGCGCUUUUGUUGUAUGCAUUUUAUUUAGACUUGUAAUUGCUUGAGGCCCGUUUUUGCACAGAUCUUAAGGCAUUUACACUGUGCGUUUACGACACGUACAUACAUACAUACAUACAUAUAUUAUGCUUAUGCUUAGUUCGAGUUUAAGGUGUAAAAAUAUUAAUUACAAUUUGGUAGUUUAAAACAUUUGAGGCAUUUGGUCACGUUGCAAUUGCAGCAUGUGCAUAUUGAAAUGGCUAAAGACUAUGGCUGACAUGCAAUGAGAAUUAAAUGUAAACAAGCAACAACUUAAAC